UGUUUAUAGGAAUGAGGGUAAUGAGGCCUUAGAGAAAGGAGAUUUCAUCAAUGCUCUUCAUUUUUACACUGAAGGAAUUAAAACAAACUGCAAUGAGAAAGAACUGAAGGCCAAACUGUACAACGACAGGGCUAUUGCACAUUUUAAACUUGGAAAUCACCAGGAUUCACUUAUUGAUGCAGAAGCAGCCAUUGAGUUAAAUCCAACAUUCCUUGAGGCAAUUGUGAGAGGAGCCACUGCCUGUGUUGAACUGAAGAAAUUUGAAGAAGCAAUCACUUGGUGUGAUAAGGGUUUAGCUGUAUCCUUUGAAGGAAUCUUUCAUUUUUAACCAUGGGCAUAAUGGCAAUAUUACAUAAUUUGACAUUUUAAGGGAGAAAAUACAAAGAAGGAUAUUAAUUAUGAUGAGAACUUGUCAGCUCAUACUUUAAGUGUUUGUGAUUAAAAAACGUGGGAAAAUUCAUUUAACCUCAUGACUUAUUAGUGAUAUUACUCCUUUCAGCCACUUUGACUUAGUCAUAUUAUCCAUGCCAUAACACAAGUUUAGUUAAAAGACCAAUAUUCACCCAGUUUGUAAAUGGUCCGUGGGUAGAUGAUCUCUCUGAAACGAGGCUAAAAAAGAAAUUUGGUAAUUUUUAUAUAUAUUAUGCUGAUUUUCCUCAAUCCCUUUAUACUUUUCCAACUACUCAGAGACUCGAAAACUUUCGUCAAGUUUUCUUGUGGACAAAUGCAACUUCUAAAAGGCACGUAUUCAUAUUGUAGACACAUUUCUUCCACUGCUGUAAAAUAUUCAUCUGAUGUUAAAGCUAUAUUAAUUUCAAAAUUGAGAAAGUGUUUCCAAGAUUUUGGAAACAACGGAUUACAUCUAGAUAUUUCAUGUUAAAAUUUGAGGUUCCACACAGAAGAGAACUUUUUGGGAUA